AUGCCAACGAAAAAGAAGCGGCAAUCAUCAGCAAGCAAACAAAAGAAGAAAACAACACCCUCCAAGAGAGACGCAGAAUCAGCAGCUUUGGAGAGCAAAUCUACAUUAUCUGACGGAGAGGAAGAUGAGGAUUUGUUAAAAAACAAUGAAGAUUCGGAUGAAAGAACAAGUAAAAAAGUCAAAAGAGAUGAAGAACCUUCCGAUGAUCCUAUUGUUCAAGAUGAGGAUGGAGAAAAUGAUCAACAAAAAUCGAGUGAUAACGAAUUUGAGGAUGAUGAGGAAUAUUUGGAUGAUGAAGAAUUUGAUCGUGAUGACAUAGAUUGGUCUAACAAGGAGGUUGUUUCAAAACUGGACAUUUCCGUAAUACAAAAAGAAGCCAAAAGAAGAGGAUUGUCUAUAAAGGGUAAUAGAAAAGCUGUCAUGAAUAGAAUUUUGGAUUCGUUUGUUGAACAAUCUCAGGUUCAAGAAUCUGCUACUGAGAAUUCUGAUAGUACGAUAGCUCCAGUACUGUUAACACCAAAAAAAGGUGUUUUGAAAACUCCUGAACAAGUGUUUUCCAAUGGUUACACACCAUCAAAAAAGUCACAAGGAAAGAGAGAACGAGCCUUUGAGAUUGAUGAUCCAGAUUCGUGGACUUUGGCUGAAUUGAGACAUUAUCUCAAAGUUGUAUAUAACAUUCGUGCUUACGAUAAUAAGCAAAAGAUUUUAGCUAGAUACUUGGAUCAAAUCAAAAAGACUCUUGUGUUAUCGAGAAUGAGUCAAGAAGGUGCUGAAGUUGACAUAUCUCAUCUUAUUGUAACUCCUACUAAGAAUUCAAAACAAAAAACUCCAAAAACUCCAAAAACUCAAACACCAAAAACUUCUCAAGUUACAAAAACCCCAAAGACAAAAGAAAAAGCAGAGCCAAAGAAAACUCCUUCCAGAAUAGUUAAAAGUUCUAAAAAAGAACCAGUGGUUGAGGAAAAACCAACUCCAGACUUGGGUGAAAUAAUUGACGAUUUGAAAUCAAAGGAAUUAGCAGAGGAUAGCUCUAUAACAUACGAGGAAAGAGGCUCUCCAAAAGAAAGGUUUAUGCCAAUAUAUGCCCAACCAAGCAUCCACAAAUCUUUUGAAAUGAGUUAUAAUAGAAAGAGAAUUCAACUUGAAACUGAUCCUUCCAAUAUUGAUCCAUACUUCAGUGAAAUUACUUCAAGCUAUAAUCAUAUUACGUACGAAUAUCCAUCUCCAGCAACAGAGCCUCAUCAAAUACCUGUUUCAGAUAGAGUUAUCAAGGAUGAUUUAUUGGAUAAAAUUGUUCAAGAACAAAUUGGAAUGGCCGAAUCUCAAGAUAUCUCUCAAAUUUCUUCCUUGGAAUACAUUUCAAGCAAGGAAGAAGAAUCUACAGAAAAUGCUCAACCAAUUACUACACUCUAUGGUUUAGACAAGUGUAAAUCACUCCAAAAAUUAACAAUUCAAGGUAGUCACUUGUCUAGCAUCUAUCCAAUAUCCAAACUGGCGGAUUUGAAAGAAAUCUAUUUAUCUAGAAAUAGAAUCACAAAUCUCCAAUAUCUUCCACCUCAUGUGGAGGUUGUAAAUUUAUCAUUUAAUUUAUUGAAAUCCCUAAGAAUGCCAACUUCUGUUUAUAACUCUAUAGUUUACCUAAAUUUGAGUUAUAACCAAAUCGAUGUAAAUAUAGAAUCCCUUUGCCACUUGAACUGCUUGGAAGAGCUAGAUAUCUCAGAAUUGAAUGCCAACAUCGAAAGGGUUUGGUGCUCGGAAGUUGUUUCGAAUAAUAAUCAAAUACUACAAAAUAAUUCGAUAUCUAGUAUAACUGAAAGAGAUGAAGAUUUUGGAAUAAUAAUAACGGAGGAUGGUAUGGUUUUCAAGUCUGAUUUGAGCUAUGAAGUCAUCAAAGGCUUGUCUCAACUUGAUUCAUAUUACAUUAAAAAGGCUGAUAUUUCAAGUAUUGAGGAAAAUGGAGAUUCGGCCAUAAUAUUGCUAAGUGGAGAUGGAAAAGUUUUAAAACUCACUGCCGAGGAUGGUUUAAAUUUAUUCAGACAAAUUAUAAUUCAUGAUGAAUCGAAUGGUGAUAAAGUGGUAGCUAAAGAGGUAAAGAAAUCAUUCGAAUCUCAAUUCAAACUUCAUCACUUGGAUCACUUUUAUUUCAGUGAGGGUAAAAUCACACAAGACAUAGUUGUGAAGGAUAUUAUUUUGGGUAAAAGACAUGGUGUAGUUCUAACAGAUGACGGAAAAUGUUUUUCUUGGGGAUUUAACUUUUAUGGAUGUUUGGGACAUGACCAUUAUUCAAAUAUUGUGGACAAUUCACAAAAAAGCAAUGAGGAUACAAGUGAAACAGUGAGCUACUCUGAAAAACCAUAUUUCAUUCAAACACUUUCAAAGUUUACCAUCAAACAUGUAUCCGUGGGCGAUGAACAUACAGUCUGCUGCACGGAUGAUGGAAGAGUUUUUUCAUUUGGACGAAAUAAUUAUGGACAACUAGGUACAGGUGAUCAAAUCGAUAGAUAUUAUGCUUCUCCAGUGACCAAACUAAUGAAAAAGAAGAUUGAGAAUUCUUCUUGUGGAUCUCAUUUUUCUCUUGUGUUGACUGUCUAUUUUUCUCAAGUAAGUAGCGAGUCAAUUGUUUGUAUUUAUUCUAGAAAAGCAUCGAAUAAUUUAAGCUCAAAAGAUCAAUUGAUCAACAGUAUUAAGGAUUUGGAAUUGAAUGUCAAGAAGGAGGCAAUAAUACUUAAAGAAAGGAGUCAGCAUUUGACAACAAUAGCAAAAGAAUUGGAAAGAAACACAGAAGAAUCUAAGGAGGCUAUCGUAGCUCUAUGUGUAGGCUAUAUGAAUCUUGUAAACAAUAGGAGUGAUACAGCCUUCACAACACUUCUAGGAAAGAGUAAAGAAAUUUACAACUCCCUCGUGUAUUAUAGUGGUGAUAUGACUGAGAUUAAUCACUCUCUGCUUUUACUCAACUUGCAAAUUAAGGAAUGGAACAAGCAAAAGCAGGAACUAACUUUUAUUCUAACUAUUCUAAUGAAGAAAUAUGAAACAUUCUCAAAUAACAAUCCGCAAAUACAAUCAGAAAAUGAAAAAAACGUGCGAACUUCCUUACAGAAAAUUUUUGUACACAACUCAACUAACGAAACAGAAGAUGGCUCCUUUACAAAAUCACUGGAUAAGAUUUAUUCCCUACAAGAUAAGGAAGAUGAAGCAAGUAAGAUGUUAGAGGAAGCUUUAAACCUAGAGAUGCACGAUGACUUGGAUUUUGAUCAGUUCGAUAAAGAAAUAGAGCAAGAGGCAAAGAAUUACAAUCCGGACAGUUUUGAAGAAUUAGAGUCAACGAGUCAAGACUUCUAUUUCUCUAUGGACCAAACCAUAUCGUUGCUUGGUGAAAAACUUUCUAAAUGUGAAAAGAAAAUGGGGUUGUGUAGCAAGAAGAGCAAUCAUUUGAAACAGCAUUUGUCAAAUACCUCUGCUGUUGUUAAGGAUAUAUUGUCAGUGCUUGGUAAAAAUUACAGUGAAAGAAUGUUGGAAAAUCUUAAGAAUAUACUGGAUGCUACCUAUAAACUGCAAAUAGAUUCAAAGAACAACAAUCAGAGACUAAAAGAAAAUGAAUAUCUCAAGUUGGAAUUGGAAAAAUCAAGGUUACAAGUAAUUAGCUUGGAGGUCAAGAAUGCAGACUUGAAAGAGAAACUAGAAACUAAAUCAAAGGACACUGAAAAAUUAGAAAUGAUGCAACAGAUUAGCUCUCUCAACAAGCAAAUUCAAACUCUAUCGAAUAAGGAAAAUCAACAUAACAACGAAGCAUUUCUUCAAUCGAGAAUAGAAAAGCUAGAAGAAACAAAAGAUAAACUCCAACAUGAAAUGAAUACUAAGAAUAAUGAAAUAAGGGGGUUGGAAAAGAAGCUAAGCAGCGCAGAAUUAAAACUUAGUCAAGAGAGAUGGGAGAAAGAAACGGCCAUUGAUGAAAAGAAUAGAAUUCAAACAGGUUUCACAACAGUUACAGAGCAACUUUCUCAAGUCGAAUCAGAAAAUCUCAAACAGUUAGAGGAACUAUUGAGCUUGAAAACCUUGAUAUCAAACCUUAAAAAUGGCAUGGAUAGUAUUGUCUUGGAAAUGAGUAAUGAACUUAAAAAAUUCCAAGUUGAUCCUCCUCAAGGAAGCUCAUCAGGGUUCGUAGAAGACAUUUUCUUGCAGUUAAAACGAACAUCCAAGUCAGUUCUUGACUUUUUAGAACAGGUAUCAAUCAAAGAUUCAGAGCUCUCCAGUUUAAAAAUGAAGUUUGAUUCUCUUCACACUGUCUGUGAAACGUACGAGGACAACUAUAAACAAAUGGAGGCAUAUUACAAUAGAGAAAGAGAGGAAGUUUUAAAAUCUAAGGCCAUCAUUGAUGAUCUGAAAGAAAAGUUGAGGAUUUGCUCACUGGAAUACAUGGAUAUACGCAGUCUUUUCGAUACACUUUCAUGUGAUUUGAUGGAGGUGAAGGAAGAUAAUGAAAGUCUUAUUGGUGAGCUAGAAGUUUACAUGCUUCAACUGAAGGAAAAGACAGAUAUUUCAUAUUAUUUAGCUUCAGCAUUGGAUGAGGAAAUUACAAACACCAACAAAAUCAAAGAGCUAGCCCAGACCAAUGAAAACAUCAUCUUGGAAAUCCAAAAGAUUUUGCAAGUGGAAGAUUCAACAAAACUUGUAAAACCAAGUGAAACAAUCUUUCAACUCUCUUCAUUGGAUUCCUUAGAUGAUAUAUUCGAUUCAAUCCCAACAAUAGAGGACGAAGAUUUCAACCAUUCAGUACUUGCCAUUUGUGAGGAUGGAGAAAAGUUGCAGGAAUUUUUACAACCAUCACUUUCAAAAGAAAUACCCAAAUAUUCACGAGUGUUGGGAAGAUUUUGUGGAAAGAGUUUAAAAUUGGUGAUGGAAGCUAAAUCUUCAUUGGCAAAAUCUAAAGAUUCGGAAUUAUUACAAAUGAAAAAAGAGUUUGAUUUUAUGAUGAGCGAAGUUUCUUCUGUUAGAGGAGAAAUUAGAAAGGGACUUAAUUUAAGAUCAAUUACAAAUGGACUUCAAAGUAAAUCGGAGAUGGAACAACAUUUUCAAAAAUUAAAUCAAAAUAUAGUUCAAAAUAAUCAACAGGAAUUAAAUCAAACAUCUCAAAUGAAUACUAAUAUAAUUGAUAAUACUCCAAUUAAUACUGACCAAGUUAAUGGCACAGUUCAAGAAUUUACUCAAGUUAAUCAUAAUACUAUUGUAAAUAAUGUAACACAAACACCAACAAUCAAUAUUCAACAAGGAAAUAUCAAUUCAACGAUUCCAACAGGUACCACAUCAACAGCAGGAAUAGGAUCAAAUAUCUUGUUAAGGAAUAUUGGAGUUAAAUCAAUACCUAAACAAACAAAUCAGAAUAUUACCCCAAGUUUUUCUUCUGCAUUUGCUGAACUUCAAGAAUUAGAACGUCAAAGCAUCUUGAAUGAUCCAGAAUUGAGAUAUCCUGACUUUGAUCAAUCUAAAUGGAAUACAUAUGAUUAUGAAAAGGAUCCAGUCAAGCUAACAAAUACAUAUCCUGAUUUGAAAGAAUCUCCAUUCUCUGUUGUUGAAUUUGGACAUAAACCAAUGGAUGGCCUUUACGAUGAAGCCAGUGUUGGAAUUAGAACAGAAGUAUUGGGAAGUGGUGCUGACCUAGUUUCGAUUAAUGUUUUGGAAAGUAUUGUAGCAGAAAAUUUCCCAAACAGAGAUGAAGCAACCAAACUUUUCAAUAAUAAAUAA